AUUUCCACCGUUUAGGAAAAACUGCUCCGACUAGACAUUUAAAUUUCUGUCUGCUGUGUUACACGUGAAACAAGAGAAUAGACAACACAAUUUAUUUUAGGCUGUUUAAAUUAUUCGUCUAAAGAUGCGAAAUUUAGCGUUGAUAGAUAAGAAAUCAGCGUCAUGCUCUUUCUUAAAGGGUUGUUGUGCAGCGACCGUGGAAAGAAAUUGUAUGUAUUUUGCCAAUCAAAAUGAGCUUUGCAAACUUGAUGUCGAUCAGAAAAAUGCAGAAGAUAAUGUGGAAAUAUUAGGGCCUUUAGAUGUUGGAACUGUUCUGGAUUUGAAGUACUUACCAGAAGAGGAUGUGCUUGCGAUAGUGGCUAAAAUAGGAAGUGUCUCUGUUUACAGCCUAAACUCAUCAGAGUUUGAUGUUGUUGGAGAUGUUUCAGGUGGAAUUUCAGCUUGUUGCUGGAGCCCUGAUAUGGAAACUUUGGUUAUUAUUUCUGAAACGGGAAAUGUACUUAUGAUGAGCCGAACCUGGGAUGUCCUUCAGGAAGUACCUCUUUUUCAGCAGGAUUUUGGUGAAGCUAAAUUUGUGUCGGUCGGAUGGGGUUCUAAAGAAACCCAGUUUCACGGAUCGGAAGGCAAAGAUGCACGAAGUAAAAAGAAAAUUGAGUGCACAUUAGCAGAUUGGGAUGAUAAACAAACUCGUAUUGUUUGGCGAGCUGACGGACUUUUCUUCGCUAUUAAUGCUGUUGAGCCAAGCAUGGGUCACCGAUUGAUAAGAGUCUUCAACAGAGAAGGGUUUUUACAGUCAACGAGCGAACCUGUGAACCAGUUAGAGCAAAGCCUCUCUUGGCGAUCAUCGGGAGCCAGCGGUCUCAUUACGAGCAGCGUUUCCCUUGUUCAACAAGGAAAACAACAAAUGGCAUUCUUUGAAAAGAAUGGGUUACGUCACGGGGAAUUCGACAUCUCCGUUGGGCACCAGGUUUUAGAAUCUUACUGGAACGGUGACUCCACGAUCCUAGCUGUGCUAAUUCGUCUCGACCAAGAAAAUUACGGUCUCCAACUUUGGACAAUGGCUAAUUAUCAUUGGUACAUGAAGAAUUUUUCCCCUUUCGAAAAAGGUAUUAGGCCGCUUUGGAUCACGUGGGAUGUCAUCGAAACCAAUAGGCUACAUGUGAUUACCUCCAAUGGCACUUACCUUAUGAUGGAUUAUCAAUCCGUCGUGACGUCCAGCAAAGGAUUGACGUCUAGUGAUCCAGCGUGUAUUGCAGUCGUCGACAAUUGCAAAUUGAAGAUUACAUUCCUGCGAGAAGCUAUCGUCCCGCCACCCAUGUGCGGCUGGGAAAUCGAAUUUUCUACAUCGAUUCAUUCACUUGAUUUGAUGUCAAGCGAUUCUACUCGACUAUGCGUUUUGACUCAAAAUGGUCAACUGCACUUUUUCCAACUUACUAAUUGUGACGAAGGAGAAAAAUCAUGUCGCCCGGACAUUAAAAUCAUCUGCAAAGAAGGAGGACGUUUCCAGCCUAUCUGGGAUUAUACUGCGUCACUGGAUUUACCCGACUAUGUUGAGCUGUACCACUUUCGGCUAUUGAAUGCCUCCACAAUAGCUGCUUCUUCAAUGAAUAAGUUGGUUGUAUUGAACAUCAGCGAUUCUAUCAUCACUAUCAAAGAUUCGAUAACGGUAGACUCUAGAAUCGGCGGUCUAGAAUCUUUACGUGAAAAGGGAGACACCGUAUUGAUUCAUUUAAUAGAUGGCAAAAUUUUAGAACUGCACACUAAUGACAUGAUACUUUCCGAUUCAAUCGUAUUCCCCGAAUUUUGUUAUCGUUUGGAAUCGAUUAAUGGGCAUGUAAUUGGUCUGGCGGCCAGCGGGCGACUUUACGUCGACGGAAAGGAAAUUUUGUCAGCCAUCAGCUCCUUCGUCAUUCAUUCAGAUUUCUUGGUAGUCACUUCCCUCCAGAAACAUAGGUUGCUUUGCCUUCCUCUUGCCCACAUUUCCAAUUCUAACCUUGCGAUCACGGAGAGAGCCAUAGAAAGGGGAGCUAAAUUGGUUCAUGCAGUCGCAAGUGAAACUGCUGUUGUAUUGCAAAUGCCACGAGGCAAUUUGGAAGCCAUUCACCCUCGAGCUUUGUCUUUGAACAUUAUGAAAUCCCUAAUUGAUGGGAAAUCGUUUGCUGCUGCGUUUGACUUGAUGAAGAAGCAACGAAUAAAUUUGAAUCUUUUAUACGAUCAUAAUCCCAGCGCUUUUCUGGAACAUUGCUCACAGUUUGUCGAGCAAAUUAGCUGCGUCGAUGUUGCAAAUCUCAACCUCUUUCUAGGAGAACUACAGAACGAAGAUUUUACUACGACAAUGUACCAAAAUCAUUAUGAAGAGAAAUCUGUGCCGAAGGAUGAAGAAAAAGUCGACAGAAUUUGUAAUAAACUUAGAGAAGUUAUGUUUGAAUCAGACAGCCAAAAAUACCUUCUUCCAGUAGUAACUUCAUAUAUCAAACAAGGAAUGGUUGACGCAGCCUUAAAGAGGGUUCAAGUCCUUGCGGAGGAAUCAUUGAAAGAUCAGGCACUGAAAUACAUGGCCGUUUUGGUUGACGGAGACCAACUUUACAAAGAAGCAUUGGCUACUUACGAUUUACAGUUAACUUUGAUGGUAGCACAUCGGAGCCAAAAGGAUCCCAAGGAGUAUCUGGCAUUUUUGAAUGAACUAAAAGCCAUGGCCGAUGAAAACGAACGUCGUUUUACUAUCGACAACUCUUUGAAGCGCUACGAUUUAGCCGUCCGUCACUUGUGCCGUUGCCGGCCUAUUAAAACAGAACAGAUCAACAGUUACAUGAAACUGCAUAGAGUUUACGUUUCGGUCAUCGACGAAUUGUGCAAUGUUUUACCUAUGAGCGAAGUCAAAGAAGCUUUACAAGCGGCUACGUGCCUUCAAGCUGAAAUCUUGGUUUCCAGGGAAAAUCACGAAGAGGCCGGUUAUCUUUACCAGCGGGUGGGGCUCUACAAUCUGGCGGUGGAUUCAUUUAAGCAAUGUGGUCUGUGGGAAAACUGCCUAUCCAUUGCUUCCUUUGUUGAAAUGAGCGAUGUAGAUACGAAGAAUUUGGUGACCAUAUUGGUGACUCGCCUACGCUCUUUAAAGAAGCACAAGGACGCCGCUCAUCUAGCUGAAUACAACCUGAAAGACUAUCAGUUAACUGGACAAUGUUUAAUUGAUGGCCUCUUCUUCAGUGAAGCUUGGGCUCUAGCAUAUAGACACAGUAUGGAUAACUGGGCAGAGACAACGCUAAAAACUGAGUUAGAAGGAGCCUUCCAGAUGAUGGAAGGUAAACUGGAACAAAUGGGAAACGAAUACAGCAAGUACACUCAACGCUUAUCUGUCGUCCGGCAAGAUUUGCUUUACAAACGUGAUCAUCCUCCUGCCGAAACGGACCAUGGAGAUCUUUAUUCAGAAACGGGUAGUAGCAUUUUUACUCAUACUACCGGUACAUCAGGAAAGACAUUUCGGUCGUCCAAGAAUCGCCGUAAACAGGAAAGGAAGAAGUUACGACUUAAAGAAGGUAGCCCAUUUGAAGAUAUGGCCAUCAUCAACGAGCUGCACGUUCUCUACUCAUCAAUGUCUUCUGUUCUUCAGGACGUCGGCCGACUUCUUAGAGGAGACUUGCUCAUUUCAAAAGACUGGAGCCGAGCAAAAUGCUUUCAGAGUAAAGCUGAGUUACUUGUAAAGAAAAUGGAAGACAAAAAGAAAGAUAUUUGGAACUUCUCUUUGAUCCAGAAAAAUCAAGAAAACGACAAGAACUUUGGUCCGUUAGCUACUACUGAGAUGAUAAUUUCACAAGUCAACCAAGAGAAAGAAGAGUUCUUCUCUACGCGUUACUUGGAGCUUGACCCCAAAUUACGCAGCCCACCUGACUCACCAGAUGCGUCUUGGAAACUCGACAGCCUUAAAUAACUAUAAUUUUUUAAUUGUAUUGCUUGAUCAUAGAAUGAAAUGGAAUUCUAUUCUUUUGUUCGAGCUCAUCGUUUCUCUAUUUGAAUAGAGAUAUCUACUGUUGA